CUGCGGGCGCGGGGCGCGGCGCUGGUGGCGGCGCGGCGCGGCGGGCACAUCACCUUCCACGGCCCCGGGCAGCUGCUCGCCUUCCCGGUGCUCGACCUGCGCCGCCGCCGCCUCCCGCUCCGCGCCUACGUGGCCGGGCUGGAGGCGCUGGUGCUGCGGCUGUGCCGCCGCCUCGGGCUGCGCUCGGCCCGGGCGCUGCCGCCGCCCUUCACCGGGGUCUGGAUGGGCGACAGCAAGCUCUGUGCCAUCGGUGUGCACUGCGGGAACCACAUCACCUCGCACGGGCUGGCGCUGAACUGCUGCACCGACCUCUCGUGGUUCGAGCACAUCGUCCCCUGCGGGCUGGAGGGCAAGGGCGUCACCUCGCUCAGCCGCGAGCUGGGCCAGCACGUCGCCGUCGGCCACGUCCUCGAGCCCUUCCUCGACUCCUUCCAGGAGGUGUUUGAGUGCACUUUGGUCUCCGCAGAAGAGCCCGGGGAUUAGGAUUGCCGUGCUGCCUUGGCCGGGUGUUUUGGUGCCGGGGCAGCCCCGGGGUCUCUCUUGUGAGACGAGUUCUCGUGCCUUUGCCUGUGGACUGUGGGUGGACCGUGGCACAGGGUUUCAGGCUGCUGCUGGACUGUCCAAACCUGCCCUGGGGCUGUUCUCUCCAGCCCUGUGAGUCUCCAUCCCUCAUCUGAGACCUCCGUGGGUGCCACUGACCAUCCAAACCUGCCCUGGGGCUGUUCUCUCCAGCCCUGUGAGUCUCCAUCCCUCUGUGGGUACCAUGUCCCCACGUCACUUGCUGGGGAAGUACCCAAACAGGUGCUUUUGUGGGGUUUUUUUCUGCUUUUUUUUGCCCCACAAAAAUUAAAGAUUUGUGUGAAUGCUCAUGAAUUCACAUGAA